UCCUCCUCUUCUCGCGCUCCGCAGUGACUCUCGCGUUCCUCAUCAUCACUGCUACACUGGUCUGGAUGAUUGCAGUGGCAGCAACAUGGCUGUGAAUCUCAGCAAGAACAGACUGGCCCUCUUAACAGCCUACCAGGACGUUAUCAGCGAGACUUCGGCAAACGACUGGGCGUUAUACACAUAUGAAGAUGACAGUAACGAUUUGAUCCUGUCUGCAUCAGGAGAUGGUGGUCUGGCAGAGAUUGCAGUCACCUUCGAUAACACCCGGAUUAUGUACGGUUUCUGCAGCCUGAAGGAUCCCAACGCAGCCCUGCCACGCUACAUCCUCAUCAACUGGGUUGGUGAGGAUGUGCCUGAUGCCAGGAAGUGUGCCUGUGCCAGUCAUGUAGCCACCAUAGCUGAGUUUUUCCAGGUGGGUCUCCCAAAGGGUGUUGACGUCAUCGUGAACGCUAGCAGCAUGGACGACAUCGACGCCUCGGCCAUCGGACAGAGGCUGACCAAUGGGACGGCUCCAGUGGCCAGUCCAGUGCUAAGCCGCCUGCGAAUGAAAGACGAGGAGAACACAGAGCACGUUGGCACCACCUACCAGAAAACAAAUGCAGAGAUCGAGAUGAAGAAAAUCAAUCGAGAGGAGUUCUGGGAACAAGCCAAGCGGGAAGAGGAGUUGAGAAAGGAGGAAGAAAGAAAGAAGGCCGCAGAGGAACGGCAGCGCUUUGAAGCUGAGAGGAUGGAGCUGGAAAAAAAAGAGCAAGAGGAAAGAGAGAAGCGGUACCGUGAAAGAGAGCGGCAGAUCGAGGAACAGAGGAAGAAGAUGCAGGAGGAGGAAGAGGCCAAAGAGAGGUCAAGGAAUCAACCCUUGAUUGUAAGAACAGAGCCCAGUUGUGAAGACCCUUCUCUGGAGAAAAAGGAAACAGAGGUUGAGGAAGCGGCAGCCAUCAUUGCCCAAAGGCCCAGUAACCCACGGGAAUUCUUCAAGCAGAGAGAGAGGGCCAUUGCUAACAGCGUGGAUAUCUCACCAGUCACCACGCACAGGACCGGCCGCUUGGACAGUCCAUUCUUGAGGCAGCAGCACAGUCCAUCCGAUUGCAGCCCGUCCCCUUCUCGCACUCCGCCUCAUUCACGGCGGCAGCCAGGUCCUGAUGACUUUGCUGAAGGAAUCCUUGAGCGCAGCAUGACCACUGGAUGUACUCCCAUCCCCAAAAUCGCCAUUCAGGAGGAAAAAGAAGACUUCAUUCGGAAGGAGUUUGCAUUUGACACUCCCAAGCAAACUCCAGUGCAGGAAUCCGGCUUUGCCAAGACUUCUCCAAGUGUUUCCCCACAGCCCAGCAGCACCGCUCCAAUGUCCAGCACAGACGACAGCCUGCUAGACUUGUGGGACAGUGGCCCAGCACCAGCUACGGCCCCCUCUCAGGCCCCCAGUCACAUUAUGGAUCUGAUGGAGGACACCCCAGAGCCUCAUCUUGCCAGCUCCUCCCCUGCCCUCCCGCAGCCACUUCUGAGCUUCGAUGAAGUGCCUGACACCCCCUACUGCACCGGCACAGAAGAUGACCCCUCCAGCCUAGUGGAUGUGGCCGGAACCCACCAGAUGACCCUGAGUUACCAGCAGGCCCUACAGCAUGCUUCUGGCUCUGACAGCCAAGACCUGGAUGAUGGACAGCUACUGCUGACCAAUGGAGACACACUGCUUAAAGAAGGGACCCAGGCGAGUGAAGGCUACUUCAGCCAAUCACAGGAGGAGGAUUUCGCCCAGUCAGAUGACUGCACUGCAAAAGUCAACCCAACACCAGUUUUUUAUAACAAACCACCAGAAAUCGACAUUACGUGCUGGGAUACAGACCCCGUGAUGGAAGAUGAUGAUUAGGAGCGACUGAGGGGAAAAACAGGCAACACCUCUAUGAAAACUUAUUUUACAACAGUUACAGAAGUCUUGCAUCAAAAUGUUUUAGAUAAAAAAAAACAACAACAAAAACAACGUUAGCCACAGAAGAAAAGGACUCGGGUUAUUGUUAAAGAUGCCAGUGGGUAUGAGCACUCUCGGUUCGUAUAUGUGUGCGUGAGUGUGUUAUUUAUUUUGAUCUUUUUUUUUUUUUU